GGCUUGUAAGGGCCAACCACAUACAAAAAAACUUGCCUUUUAUCGCGCGAUAAAGCCUCUCUGAUCAUCGCGCGAUAAAGCAACUUAUUGCGCGAUAAAGCAAAUUAGCGCGCGAUAACAAAACUUAGUCACUAUCGCGCGAUAAAUAUCAACUUAUCGCGCGAUAAAACAACUUAUCGCGCGAUAACACUUUACUAGUGUUCAGGCUCCUACGGCCAUUUCGCACAUGGACAAGACGGCGAGCGAAGUUUAGAAGGAGUGUAAAAUGAUCUUUCUACUGUUCGUGUUCUACCUUCCAAUGACAGAAUGUGUUCUUCCUUCCUACAUACCAGCCAUUGAGGCAGACCGGAUCAACAGGCCGGCAGUAGCUAUCAUCACACAGUAUUUCCAUUUAGGUUUAGAAUAUGUUGAAAUUCUUGCAUUUUUGGCACUUUACCAUGGCAUCUCCUUAAGUCUUCGGCAACUCAAGCGCAUUCUCAAGGAGUGCAACUUAAGAAGACGAAAAGACCAUUCCAACACAGAGAAUAUCGUUAAUGCAAUUGAACUAGAACUUCAGGGUAGUGGAAGCUGUUUAGGCUAUCGACAAAUGCAUCAACUGUUGAGAAACAAGUAUUCCUUGGUUACAUCAAGAGAAAGUGUACGUUUGGCGCUAAGAGGACUAGAUGCAGAGGGUGUUGAGAAACGGUCAAGUCACAAGUUACGGCGUCGACAGUAUUUUGCAAAAGGACCAAAUUACAUCUGGCAUUUAGAUGGCUAUGACAAACUCAAGCCAUUUGGCUUUUGCAUUCAUGGAGCCAUAGAUGGAUAUAGUCGCUGCAUUCUCUGGCUUGAAGUUGCCUCUUCAAACAAUAACCCAAACAUUGUUGCUAAAUWUUACAUUGAUUGUGUGAGGCAAUUGUCAGGAGUUCCCAGGAUAGUUAGGGGUGAUUGUGGCACAGAAAAUGUAAAUAUUGCUCACAUUCAAAGAUUUAUAAGGGCUGAUGAUGAUGAUGCUUUUGCCAGAGAAAAGAGUUUCUUGUAUGGAAAAUCUGUCUCCAAUCAAAGGAUUGAAGCAUGGUGGUCACAUCUUAGGAAGAGUAACUCUGAUUGGUGGAUUAAUUUUUUUAAGCAGUUAAGAGAAUCUGCACAGUAUAAUGACAGCAAUCCUAUUGWGGUAGAAUGUCUCAAGUUUUGUUUUAUGCCAGUAAUACAAAAGGAACUUCACCAUGUUGCUGAAAUGUGGAACACUCAUCGCAUACGAAAAAGUACUAAUAUAAAUUCUCCUAGUGGUAUACCUGAUAUGCUUUUCUUUUUACCUGAAAUGAGAGAUACUCAUUGUUACAAAGUACCAAUCAGUAAUGAUGACAUUGAAAUUGCAGAAGAGCUAUGUGCUGAGGAACCAUUAAUAAGAGGUUGCAGUAAAGAGUUUAAUGAGUUGGCUGCAAUGAUUAUGGAAGAUUAUGGAAGAUUAUGGUCUUACACAUGCUGCAAAUGCAAAUGAAGCUUUAAAUCUGUACUUUGACAUUCUUAGUCAUUUGAGUGACCUAUAAUAAAACAUGCUUCAUUUUUUUAAUGGUGAACAAUGGUGGCGUAAUUAUUGUUGUUUUGGUAUGAAUGAAAACUGUAAUAUAUUUAUCACCACYCUUCUACUUUUUGUCAAAUUUUUAUUUAUUYAUUUUCAUUACAAAAAUGUAUGGUUUACCAGAAAGAAAAAUGUUAUCACACUUUACCAUUGUGGUGAUGGACGAAAACUUUAGAAACUUCUUUCGUGCAUUGGUGGCAUAGUAGUGAGAAUGCUGGCCUUUCAACACUGUGACCUUGGUUUGAUUCCAGCUUUGGUCAUAGGUGACCUGAGU